AUGACAAUUUAUGUUUGGCGCCCUGAUUUCACCCUGACUGCCGGCGAUCUGUCGGACGCCACCCUGGCGACCUUCGCAGGCAAGCGCAAAGUGCUGAACAUCUUCCCAAGCGUCGACACGACCUGCGCGACCUCGGUUCGCAAGUUCAAUGCCCAGGCUACGAGGCUGAACAACGCUGUCGUACUGUGCAUCUCCACCGACCUGCCAUUCGCCCAAGCCCGUUUCUGUGGCUCCGAAGGUCUGGAAAACGUGAAGAACCUGUCCGACUUCCGUGAUUCGGAUUUCGCGGUGGACUACGGUGUUUCGAUUGCUGAUGGCCCGCUCAUCUGACCGCACGCGCCGUUGUCGUGCUGGACGAACCUGACCGCACGCGCCGUUGUCGUGCUGGACGAAAACAACAACGUGCUGCACAGCGAACUGGUCAGCGAGAUCGGCCAGGAGCCGAACUACGAAGCAGCCCUGGCUGUUUUGAAGUAACUGUUUCGGUACGUUACUGUCGUUUUGCAGUAACACGCUUGAUGAUGAUUGCGGC